AAUUUAAAUAUGCGAGGGAAACUUUUACAAAAUUUAUCGACCAUUAGACAAACAGUGAAAUAUACAGAGGGUCAAGGUAGACUAUAUUUUUCUUCCAGUAUGAACAAUUAUCGAAUCGAAUAUGAUUCCUUUGGCAGUAUUCAAAUACCACAAAAUCGGUUAUGGGGACCUCAAACACAACGUUCAAUAGAAAAUUUUGAUAUAGGUGUGACAGAGAAGAUGCCGCGACAAGUAAUUCACGCACUGGGUCUUACCAAACUAGCGGCAGUCCAUGUCAACAUGAAUGCUGGUAAAAUACCUAAAGAUAUAGGUGAAGCAAUAGCGCAAGCUUCCUCGGAAGUCAUGCGUGGUGAUCAUGAUGGAGAGUUUCCAUUAGUAGUUUGGCAAACUGGUUCUGGAACUCAAACGAACAUGAAUGCGAAUGAGGUUAUAGCAAAUCGUUCUUUACAAAUAUUGGGUAAAGUGUGCGGUAUGAAAAACCAAAUCCAUCCAAAUGACCACGUCAAUAUGGGACAAUCAUCAAACGAUACGUUUCCCACUGCAAUGAAUAUUUCAGCGGCGAUUGAAGUCACAAGCUUCCUUUUACCUAAUUUAAAAUAUCUGGCUUCUGCGUUUGAACAAUGUAUAGAAGCGUUUGGUUCUAUUGUGAAAAUAGGUAGAACUCAUCUGCAGGAUGCUACUCCCUUAACCUUAGGUCAGGAAUUCGGAGCGUUCGUGUGUAUGAUUGAAAAUGGAAUUCGUCGAAUUGAAUUAGCAUUACCGCAAAUAUUUACGUUAGCCCAAGGUGCUACAGCCGUUGGCACAGGUCUUAAUACGUACAACGGAUUCGCAGAAUCAUUUGCUGAACAUGUCAGUCGUCUUACUUCAUUACCUUUUCAAACCUCUCCAAAUAAAUUUGAGGCUUUGUCUAGUGUUGGAGGUAUUACAGAACUUUCCGCGGCACUAUCCACAACUGCAGCUGAUUUUUUGAAAAUCGCAAAUGAUAUUAGGCUCUUAUCGUCUGGACCUCGUUGUGGAUUGGGUGAAUUAAUACUUCCAGCAAACGAGCCAGGCUCAAGCAUUAUGCCAGGAAAAGUAAACCCAACACAAUGCGAAGCUUUAGCCAUGGUUUGUGUUGAGAUUAUUGGAAAUCAUACUGCAGUGACUGUAUCAUGUAGUCAUGGACACUUACAGUUAAACGUGUUCCGGCCAGUUAUUAUAUAUAAUGUACUUCGUUCUAUUAAAUUGUUAGGAGAUGCCGCCAAGUCUUUUGCCGAGAAAUGCAUUCGCAACAUAAAACCUAACAAAGCUGUUAUUCAAAAACACUUAGACAAUUCUCUCAUGUUAGUCACCGCCCUAACCCCUUUCCUGGGUUACGAUAAGUGCAGUAAAAUUUCCCAAUACGCUCAUGAACAUAAUCUAACUCUUGAAGAAGCCGCUGUUAAACUUGACUAUAUUACUUCAGAAAUGUUUCACUCACUUGUAAAGCCUAGCGAAAUGGUAAAGCCUAAUCACUAAAAUAGAAUUUAUUUAUUGAUUAAGAGAAUAAUCUUGAUUUUAUAACAAUGUUAAAAUUUCAGUCGUGCUUCAGUAUAUAGUUUUUUUUUGAUUCCAUGUCAAUUUAUCCCAUGAGUUCAAAAGUAUUUAUUUCUUAUAGUCUUUUGGUAUAUCAUAGCGUUACUAACAUAUAACACCAUCCCAUUUUUUUAAAAUGUUUAUAAAAAUCUUUCUAUACGAUUUGUACAAUCCUAAUCUUUAUAAUCAGUGGCGUGGCUGAUUAAAAAUUUUAAGAAAAGGAGACAUACUUUAACCUUUAAAACAUUUUUCUCAUUAAAAAGAAAUUAUUAUUUAAACACUGCUAAAGCUCUUGGCAUUGUAAUUAAUAUUUUCUUUUAUGCAUAAGAAUUCUUGAAACUUAGAGUCUGUCUUAUUAGGAGAUGUCCUUUCCAUUAUAGAAUGAAUUAAAAUUCUCCAUUUUAUCUUGAAGCGGAAUAAGAAAAUUAUUUUUUUUUUUUUUUUAACUGAUUCUAACAAUGGAGAGCUCCAGCAGUUGUUCCGAAAACCCAGAUACAUAUGACAUUAGUCUUAAUGAAGCGGAAACCUUUUUAAAAAGCUUAACCACGAUCAGGCAACCAAAUGCUUCCACUGAUGGAAAAACAACUAAUGGUGACAUGAUUCAAACUUUAGCACCAAAUACUUUACAAGGAUCUUUCGAUAUUGGUUUACCAAGCAUCACAUUAAGCAAUACAAGAGAUGAUUUUUGCAGUAAUAAAUCGUAUAAAAAACCUCGUGAUAGCAAUUUAUGUAAACGGGAAUCCGUUUGUAAAAUUUUUAAUAUAGACACGGAGGAAAUGCGUCAUUCUUUGUGUAACACAAAGCAAUAUACUCGUAACUCAUUUUCCCACUCGCAGCAUUCUAGUAUAAGGUUAUUUACAAAAAAAAUUUUCCCUUUUUUCUCUACAUCAGAAAACCAACUAGACAAACAAACAAUUGAAAAUUUAGAAGCUUACGUUUUAAAAUCCAAAAGACGAUGCGGCAAAAAAGAUAUAAGUUACAAAGGACUGUUAUGUGCUUCCUCUGAUUUUAAUAGCACUGUUACUAUUAAUAUGAGCCCUGUAACAAAAAAUUUUGAUUCAAAUCAGUUGGAUUUCUUAGGAAUAUCUAUGGUUCCAGUAAAAGAUCAAAAAAAAAAUCGCGAACAAAUUAAUAAAGAUUAUCGAAAGAAAUUUCCGUGGUUACAUUCUACUAUAACUUUAUCCAAGCUCAGAAAUUUGAAGCACGAUCUUUUUAAUUUAAUAGAUAAAGUGUCAAAUCUGGAUCCAUCUACCGUAGCUGCAGCAUGGUUUUAUUUUGAACAGCUUCUUCUUAAACGAGUGGUGCAUAAAGGAAUUCGAAAAAUCCUUGCUGCGGCUUGUUUAUUAUUAUCAUAUAAAUUUAACCAAGAUUUGUUGGAUAAUCAACUUUCUGAAUUGAUCGUGGCUGUUCAAACGUUAGACCGUCAAGAUAAUUUAAAAGCUCAAGACAUUUUUUCAAUGGAAUUUACCGUAUUCGCUCUGAUUGAAUUUAACUUACAAGUGUUUUGUUGCUUAUGUGUUUAUGUUAUUAGUUAACCCAAACACUGUUUCAGGUACCUUUUUCAAAAAUUAAAUCCCAUUUGAACGAAUAUUUAACCAGUAAAAAUAUAUCUUUAGCAGACCAAUAUGGUGUUGCUGAAACUGAAUUGUUGGCAGUGUCAAAUUUUGAGAUGUCACAUGGCAAUGCUUCACAGGCUUGUGGUAGUGACGUUGAAACGUAAAUUAACCCGUUUAAAAAAAAAAAAAUGUUACAGUGUGAAAAAAAGAUAGUUGAGUACCAUUUAUAGAACGUAACCGUUUUAGCAUGGAUUUUUUUUUAAACCUCAUUAUUCCGAUAUACAAUAGAUAUACUAAGGGAACAAUGAGUAAAACAGCAGAAUGGGGUGUUGCCGACGCGACGCAUCAGUAGGACAAACCAAAGUGUAAACGGGUGCACAAUGAGGCAUCUUUUCAAAGCUCACAUGUCGGCGUUAUAACUUAUUCUCAAAAAGAAUACUCAAUGAAACGAAGAUUUUCGCCUGAUACCGAAGCGACCCAUUAAUAGGACGAGCCGAAGGGUGAAUUGUUACAACAACAGACCUUUUCAUAGAAAACACGAUUCAGCCUCACGACC